GACUGAUAUGUUCCAAGUAAUGCGUACCGCGUAACCAAUUAAAGGCGUAAUUCUGUUGUGCUUCUGUUAUGCUAUAACAGAAUUACGCCUCUAAUUGGUUACACGGUACGCGUUAAAUAUCAGUCCACGUGGCCGUACCCUGACAGUCGCGAUCCUGACGGCGGUAGCAUCCGGACGCGGUAGCGCCUGACAGCGGCCCGAGGAUAAGCAGCCGUGGGAAGAACACGCCGAGACGGAUCGAGAGCGAGAGAAAGAGACAGAUACGAGAGAGUGAGAGAGAAGGUGAGAGGAGCCGGAACGAUGUCGCCGUCACGGGCCGAGCUGGACGAAACAGCUGUGGAGAACUUUCGCGAGUACCUGCGGAUACCGUCGGUGCAGCCCAACAUUAAUUACGAUGAAUGCGUGGCAUUUUUAAAGAGACAAGCGCAGUCGCUCGACUUGCCAGUCAACGUCUAUCACAUACAUCCCGAUAAACCGAUCGUGGUUCUCACGUGGGUAGGAACAGAGCCGGCAAAGCCGGCUAUCCUCUUGAACAGUCACAUGGACGUUGUGCCCGUCUUCGAGGACAAAUGGACCUAUCCACCGUUCAGCGCUCACAUAGACGAGAAGGGUAAUAUCUACGCUCGCGGUAGCCAGGACAUGAAAUGCGUCGGGAUACAAUACUUGGAGGCGAUUCGCAGACUCAAGCUGAAUGGACAACGUUAUCAACGCACCAUUCACAUCUCCUUCGUGCCGGAUGAGGAGAUUGGCAGUGUUUUCGGGAUGAAGGAUUUCGUGCACACCGCGGAUUUUAAAGCUCUGAACAUUGGUUUUUCCCUGGACGAGGGUUUGGCCAGUCCGGAGGAUUAUUUUGGCAUGUUCUACGGAGAGAGAACCACCUGGCAAGUGACUGUAAAUUGCGUCGGCACUACCGGUCAUGGCUCGAUUAUGCUGAACAAUACGGCUGGGGAGAAAUUGAGAGUCAUAAUCAACCGUUUCAUGGAGUUCAGAGAAGCCGAGAAAGCGAAGCUGGAAACUCCCCUUGAUAUCAAACUUGGCGAAGUGACGUCUGUCAAUCUUACAAAGAUUUCGGGUGGCGUGCAAAAUAAUGUUAUACCCGCCGAGCUCAAGGCUACAUUCGAUAUUCGUAUAACGCCCAGUGUCUAUCACGAAGAACUCGAGGCUACUAUAAAACGUUGGUGCGAGGAAGCCGGUCCAGAUGUAACUUAUUCCUUCGACGAGAAAGAUCCGAAAAUCGAAAAUACGAAGCUUGACGAUUCUAAUCCUUUCUGGAUCGCUUUUAAAAAAUCCUGCGACGAAAUAGGUGUUGAGUUGAAAAUUGCCAUCUUUCCAGGAGGCACAGAUAGCCGUUGUAUUCGUCAGGUGGGAAUUCCUGCUAUCUGCUUUUCUCCAAUGAACAAGACAAAAAUACUUCUUCACAAUCACAAUGAAUAUUUAAACAAAGACAUAUUUCUGAAGGGAGUAGAAAUAUAUACGAAAAUAAUACCGGCUGUUGCAAAUGCCUAAGCACAACAGUAAUAUAUACAACAAGCAGUAUAUUAUACUAUAAAAAUCUAAAAGGUGCGAUAAUUAGAUAUUUAUAGUUAGUGGCAAUAGUAGCAGCUCUACAACUGACAGUAGUAGCUCUACAAUUUUGUCAAUAAUAGUACUUUGAGUCUUCUUCUUGAGCUUGCAAAUUAUAUGUGCAAUACUAUACCAAGUCAAUAUAUAUCUGUAUAUAUAUUGCAUUUAUAUAUAUUAAUGUUACGCAAUUUCAAAAGUUUACGACUGUUGGAUAUAUUUACCUGGAAAAGCUAUAUCCUCGAGCAAUAAAUAUAAGGAAAGAAUGAUGAAGAAUAACGUGCCAAUGUUCAUGAAGAAACAAAUACGAAAAAUGAUUCAAGUCUAAUAACGACAGGAAACAAGAGAUAUCAAGAUUGACUGAUGUAUAAAAAUGAAUGGAAGAAAACCUAAACAACGAUAUCAAGAAUCUAGAAAAUUGGAGUCGGAUUCAGCAUAAUCAAAUGAAGAUUAAACAGUUUCUAUUUAUUAUCUCUAUGGAUUCAUCGAAAAUGGAGUACAAAAACAACAGUGCUGUAAAUAUAGUUCUACUGAGACCAAAGUAAUACGCGCAUAUUGCUCAAUAUAGAGAAUUUUCUUGAAA